AUGAUGAUGAUGGCCGCUAAGCUCGCUGUUGUCGCAGUGCUCGCGCUGCUUGCUUCUGCAUCAUGCCGCCAAGCAGGUUUCCGCAACGGUAAUGGUGGCUGGGGCGGCAAUCCCAUUCCCAUCACACAACCACCACCCAAUCACUCUCCGGCCACGACCCCCAAAACGAAGCCGCCAGCUUACACGGAUCGUUCGGCCACCCCACACCCACAGCCACCCUCUUACCCUCCGGCCACUCUGCAGCCACCCACCUAUCCUCCGAAGACAAGCCCAAGCCCGCCGCCGCCCACGCCCACCUAUCCUCCGACGAGCCUAAGCCCGCCGCCGACCACACCCACCUAUCCGCCAACGAGCCAAACCCCGCCGCCACCCACGGCCACGCUCACCUAUCCUCCGACGAGCCCAAGCCCACCGCCGCCGCCGCCGUCCCCUCCUCCGCCCAGCUCAGACGAUGCUGGAAAGAAGCUCAAGGUUGGAUACUACGAGAACAAGUGCGGCCGUUCCGUUGAUGUGGAGGCCAUCGUGAGGAAGCACGUCAGCGGCUUCGACGACGGCAUCAAAGCAGGGCUCAUCCGCCUUUUCUUCCACGACUGCUUCGUCCGUGUAAGUCUUAUUAAGACCUCGAUCACGCUUGACAUUCGCAUUCAGUGCAAUCACUACUACAUAUUAUAUAUAUUAGUAGCUGAUGACAACAUACAUGCACUGUAA